GGGUCCCAGGGGUGCAGGUGCCCAGGGCUAUGGGGGCUCCGGUGGUGCGAGGCCAUGGUGGCAAGGCCAGGCCCUGGUGGGAGCAGGCAUAGCCAGCCCUGGGGAGGACAACAUUCCCCCAGGGGUGGGUUCCCAGCCCCACCGAGGGGCGAGGAGCCAGGCUCAUGGCAUGGGGCGAGCACCAGGAGAGGGGACCCAUUACAGCGUGGUCCUGGUGCCUGGGGCUGAGCUGCUUUCUUUUCUCCUUCCCUGCAUGUUCCUUUUCUUCAGGCUGAGAUGCGGAGCCACUAAUUAGGGAGCUGGAGUGUUGGGGGGGCAUUGGGGGACGAGGGAAGGCUGGGGUGUGAGGUGCUGCAGGAAAACCGUGGAUCUGGGGCUACGCCAAGACCCCCAACUGGGUUAGGAAUUGCAGAGAUUUGGGAAAACCUCCCCAAGGAGACCUCUGGAAGCCCCCGUUUGCCUACUCCGGGAUGAACGUCGGCGUGGCGCACAGCGAGGUGAACCCCAACACACGAGUGAUGAACAGCCGGGGUAUCUGGCUGGCGUAUGUGAUCUCCGUGGGCGUCCUCCACGUCGUGCUCCUCAGCAUCCCGUUCUUCAGCAUUCCUGUGGUCUGGACGCUCACCAAUGUCAUACACAACCUGGUCAUGUACUUGCUGCUGCACACGGUGAAAGGGACCCCCUUUGAGACCCCGGAUCAGGGAAAGGAUCGCCUCCUCACGCACUGGGAGCAGAUAGACUACGGGACGCAGUGCACCUCCUCGCGCAAGUUCCUCAGCAUCUCCCCAGUAGUGCUAUACCUCCUCACCAGCUUUUACACCAAAUAUGACCCUGCGCACUUUGUCAUCAACACGGCCUCCCUGCUCAGCGUCCUUCUGCCCAAGCUGCCCCAGUUCCACGGCGUGCGGGUCUUUGGCAUCAACAAGUACUGAGGCCCCGGCGCCUCCUGGGAGAGGCCGCGGAGCUGGAGCGGGGACGCUGGAGCGGCGAGAGGUGCAGGCUGGAGAGCAGGGGCGAGGCGUGAGGAGGGCUGGGCACAGGGCAUGGACCGCCCUGGCUUUUAGCAGGAUUCCUCCCUCUCAAAGGGGCUCCUCGCUUAGGCUUGAUCUCUUCGGUGAAGAGGGGAGCGCAGCUGAGCGGUACGGAGCGCCCAGUCACAUCGCACGUGCGUGUUUCCUUCAAACUAACCUCGGUGUAACCGCGCAGAAAGCACCUGCGAGGGGAGAACUGCUGACCGGUGGGACGAGUUGCCCACCUACACCUCCCUCGUCCUCGUGUUUUAUAAGUUUCCACUGCAAUAAAGAACUUCUAGCGACUGGAGCGGCACCCUUGCGGUGGGACCGGCCCCAGCUCAUGCCUCCCGCCCACCCCUCCCCGCACAGACCAGCCAGACA